CAGUUUGAAAUCGUGAGCUGUUCGGUGCAUUUGCAUUGUUUUGUUUUCGAGCCUCUGUGUGUGACAAAAAUAUAUUUAUAUAAAAUGUAUCAACGUCAAGCUUCCUUCGAUAAGCCUACACGUAUCGAGGACUCGGCCUAUAUUGCCGAAGGAGUCGACGCUCAGGAGGCGCGUAAUACUUGCCUGUUGUUCUCGCCUAAGGACUCCUCCUUGGCCAGCGGCACCUUGGCCAAUAUCUUGGCCAUCUUCAAGAAGCACGACAUUAACUUGGUGCACAUCGAGUCUCGCUCCUCGUUGCGUGUUCCGGGAUACGAGUUCUUCGUGGAAUGCGAUGGCAUGACCGGUGCCUUGGGCAAGGCAAUUGAGGAUCUGCGGGAACAGUGCAUCUACUUUAAUAUCAUCUCACGCGAUUACAAGGACAAUGAGACGGCAGUGCCUUGGUUCCCACGUCGUAUACGUGAUCUGGAUCGUUUUGCCAAUCAGAUUCUGAGCUAUGGCGCCGAAUUGGACUCUGAUCAUCCGGGCUUCACAGAUAGCGAGUAUCGCAAGCGCCGCAAAUACUUUGCCGACAUCGCCUACAACUACAAGCAUGGAGAGCCCUUGCCACAUGUCGAGUACAGCAAGGAGGAGAUCGAAACCUGGGGCAUCAUCUUCCGCAAUCUGACCAAACUGUACAAGACGCACGCGUGCCGGGAGUACAACCAUGUGUUUCCCCUGUUGGUCGACAAUUGCGGAUUCCGCGAGGAUAACAUUCCCCAGCUGGAGGAUGUGUCCAAUUUUCUAAGGGAUUGCACGGGCUUUACUUUACGUCCGGUUGCUGGUCUGCUGAGCUCUCGCGAUUUCCUUGCCGGCCUCGCCUUCCGCGUCUUCCACUCCACCCAAUAUAUCCGACAUCCCAGCAAGCCGAUGUACACCCCAGAACCAGAUGUGUGCCAUGAAUUAAUGGGUCAUGUUCCACUCUUUGCCGAUCCGGCUUUUGCUCAGUUCAGUCAGGAGAUUGGAUUGGCCUCACUGGGUGCACCCGAUGAUUAUAUCGAGAAGCUAUCCACUAUCUUCUGGUUCACGGUGGAGUAUGGAGUGUGUCGUCAGAACGGCGAGUUGAAGGCCUUUGGCGCUGGUCUUCUCUCAUCCUAUGGCGAGCUGGAAUAUUGUCUAACGGACAAGCCACAGCUUAAGGACUUUGAGCCAGAGAUUACGGGUGUUACGAAGUAUCCCAUAACGCAGUUUCAGCCACUCUACUAUGUGGCCGACAGCUUUGAAAGCGCCAAGGAGAAAACUAUUAAAUUUGCCAACUCGAUUCCUCGUCCAUUUGGAGUACGCUAUAAUGCCUAUACCCAGAGUAUUGAGGUGCUCGAUUCCAAGCCUCAGAUUAGCAACCUGAUGAACAACAUCAACUGCGAGUUUCAGAUACUUCAGAACGCGAUUACCAAGCUGCGCGUUUAGUUUCCAUUUUUUUGUAACUUUAACUGAUAUUAUAUUAUAUUGUUUUAUACGCUGUUAUUGAAUAAUAAAUUCCUUUCAUUUAUAUAUA